AUGUCAUCCUCUUCGGCACCGAUCAGCCCAGCCGCCUUUGCAGCAGCCAUCCACGACCUGCCAGUUGAUGCACUAUACACCAAAGCUGCAGAGCUCCUCAACCAAAUGCAACAUUUACGCGACUCAAACGCCCAGAUGCAAGAAUUCGCCGACGAUGAAGUCUGCCGGGAAGCCGUUACAGAGAAUGAGGUUGUCAUACGGCGGAUACGGGAGAGGGUGAAUCUUUGCAAGACCGAGGUCGAGGGUCGAGGUCUAAGAUGGACCGGCGAGUUCUGGGAUAAGGGUGCGGAGAAUGAGGUGAACAUGAAUGGGGUGGUGAGAGCGGCGGAUGAAGGCGCGGGUGAUGAUGGUGAUGCUGGUGUGCAUCUUUGA